CGUUCCCUUUGGCUCCAGACCACACCAGUAUUUUUGCAGUAUCAGCCACAGAACUCUUCGUCGUGAGAUUUUCCCUCAGUGUGAUGGGAUUGCACAGCUCCAAAGCCCCAUCAGAGGCUCAGAUUCUCAUGCUUGGCCUUGAUGGAUCUGGCAAAUCCACCCUGCUGUACAAGCUGAAGUACAAUGAGGCAGUGCUGACUGUUCCCACUGUGGGCUUCAACGUGGAGAUGCUGGAGACCAAGGACAAGGGUCGGACGUUGACCGUGUGGGAUGUUGGAGGCCAGCUCCAAAUGAGGACCCACUGGAAACACUACUACCAGGACACAUCUGGGCUGGUGUUCGUGGUGGACAGCCAGGAGCAAAAGAGGUUUCCUGAGGCCAAGCAGGAACUGGAGCAAAUCCUGGGCAGUGAGCACCUGAAAGGCCUGCCGCUGAUCGUGCUUGCCAACAAACAAGACUUGCCGGGGGCUGCAAGCGCAGGAGACAUCGAGGUGGCCUUGAACUUGAGGCAGAUUUGCACGAACAGAGACUGGUUCGUUCAGCCAUGUUCAGGAAAAACCGGUGAAGGUCUGGAAGACUGCUUCAAGAGGAUGGUCCACUUUCUCAGGAUAGCCAUGGCGAAAGGAACAAAAGCAAUAGAUGCGCUGGGACCACUUUGUCAGUCAAAUUGGUAAGCUGAGAGAAAAAGUUAUUGGUUGAGACGCUUCGUUUGAUGGAUGAUGGACCUUCAACAGGCUUGAGGCUGGUCUGCAGGAGAGAUGCCAGCUCUUGCACUUGUUAACCGUGGAUUUAUUGUGAAUGUAUUUAUGAUGGUACCUUUAUUACUUUAUUAUGGGUUUUAUUUAUAGACUUUGUUUGUCAUUUGUUUGUUACUUUGAACAUUUUAUACUUUUCUUACUUUGAUUUGUCGAUGG